GUUAUCCAAAGUUCUCUGUCAUAACAAUACACAAUGACGACAAACAGCACGGAUCCCCUGGGCGAAAUGAGGUCUCUGGUGGAAACGCUGGGCAUGCUGCAAACCUUCGAGAACCUUUUACUGAAUACGGAGCAGUUGCAGGACUGCAAUGUCCACGUGGAGGAGCGGGUCCGCAGACUGGAGGGGUUCAGAUGGCAGAUGAAAUGGCUCAAUACCGAGCGUCUCCGCAUCCUGGACCUGUUGCGCCAGCGGUUGUUCUAUCACACUUCUGUGGAGCAGCAGAGCGCAAUGGCCAUAAGGCAGGGAAUCGUUCAAGUCCGCGACGGCUUAAACGGAAUUAACCAGAGGAUGAACGCCAUGUCGGAGGACAGUAACUGCCCCAUAUGCCUCUCUCCUUGGACCACCCAGGGCAGACAUAGCGUGGUUUCCCUGCGAUGCGGACACCUCUUCGGGAGAACCUGUGUAAGAACUGCCAUCCGGAGGUCACACCGAUGUCCGAUCUGCAGGCGCCGAGCCCAACACUCCGAUGUGCGCCGGAUCUUCAGUCAACGUAUAUUUUCGUAGUAUUGGAAAGCUCACUGUUCUAGUUCAGGUGGUUUCAUAUUUUGCUGGGACUUCCUUCAUCA